GAUACGAACUGAAAUUUAUGUCUGUUUUAUUCGUUAUACUGCUGUAAAAGCUUGUGUAGUUAGUUAAUUGUGAAAUGGAUUUGAAUGAUGAUAUAGAAUUAAGUGAAGACGAAGAAAUCACAGUAGAAACAGUGUUAAAAACAGUACAGUGCGCAUGGCAAAAUGAACGUUUAGCGCCAGAAAUCCUACCCCACCGCAACGAUAUGGUAGAAUGCAUGUUGGGACAAAUACAGCACAUGGAAAGAAACAUCAACAAACUCCCUAAAACGGAUCUUAGAGCGUCCAUUCAUAAAAUGGAAUUAAGUAGAAUAAAAUUUGUAAUAUGUAAUUACUUAAAAACUAGACUACAUAAGAUAGAGAAAUUUUGUAUUCCCAUAGUUAAUGAAGAAAGACAACGAAUAGAAUCAGGAACCAACUAUCUGACACCGGCCGAGUUCAAAUAUGCCCAGGAGUAUUUAUUGAACAUGGAGAAUCAUUUAAAAAAAGUUGUUUUGAAUAAAGUGCCUGGCAACAUGCAAGGCCUGGAAUUGAGCAAGCUGGCAGUAUACCCUAACUUACACAGUCAUGUGUUCCUGAAGGCGAACGACACCAUCACUGGAGUAGUCCUAGAGGACCAGCCUGGAGACCAGGAUGAAGAAAUAGACUUGGAAGAUGGAUCACAACACAUCCUGCAGUACAAACCAAUAGCUGAACUAGUCAAAAACGGAAAGGUUCAGUUAGUGUGAGAGGAAGUGCGGCACUGUACAGAACACAGUAAUAAGUGGUUGUGUAAAAUGCAGGCUUCAACACAAGUCUGCGAGAUAACAUAAGCCAUAUUGUCAUCACAAUACUAUGCUACAUUCAGUGUUUUUAAGAAUAGCAAUUAUUCAUAUGGGUUUUGUAUAUAUAUACCUAUUAAUCAAAAAAUUUGUAUACACAUAAGUGAUAAGAGUGAGUGAAAUGUAAUUGUAUGCAAUAUAAUGAAUUGUCUUCACAACUAUGUACAGUUACAGUCAAGGUCUUAACCUCCAAAGGCCCAAGGUCCUACCUAUAGUACUUAUUCAGUUCGCUGAAAUUUAAAUCAUAUUCAAUUGGAACAGAGUCGCAUUUGUUUUGUUUCGAUCAAUUUUCAAAUAAAAUCUAAAUCAACUCUAUUCCCUGCACUAGGGGUUCAAAUUUCGGUGGCUAAUUCUGGAUUUUUCAUUUGUAUGACUGGGCCUUAGGAGGUUAAUUAUUGACACAGGCAAAGCA